GGUACUAAAUCCCUAAAUUUGCCAUAAAAGUAUAUUACAAAUCUACAUCACCCAUUCCUGGAGUGUUAACUGCUGUAAAACAGCUAUGGCAAAUCCAUUGUUCUUGUCACGGCCCUCUUAAUGGUGCUGAUCUUAGAUAAAGGCAGUAAGAUUACUUUUUAUGGCACAAAUUCAAAUCUCAGACUAGAGCUGGGGUCAUGACUUUAAUAUGAGAAUGACUAGUUCCAGCUGGUCCUUGAGCAUGGCCUAGUGGUGGCUACAGUAAAAGAGUACAGCUAAUUGGGGUCACGGGCAGCGCUUUUUAUGAAUUUGUAUGAAUGUGGUGCUGCUGAGAUUGUAGAUAAGGAGACAGUGAGACAAUUGGAUUAGAGGGUCUGUAUAAGAGAAGGUCUUUCAAAGCCUCAGCAGGCAUUUGGCUGCUCAGGGCACCCAGGUCUGCACAAACUGUGGGGGUUUAAUAGCCUGCCGGGGUCAUUAUGUCUGCUGCUGUGUUAGUGGCUGGUAUACUGGGCCUUCUGCUGAAGACAGCCAUGCCCAUGUGCACUCCGACUGAAUACACUAUCUACAUUGAUAAGCAAGAGUGUGACUACUGUGUCGCAGUCAACACCACCAUUUGCAUGGGCUUCUGUUUUUCCAGGGACAGUAACAUGAAGGAGCUGGUGGGGCCUCGCUUUCUGAUACAGCGAAGCUGCACUUAUCAGAAGGUGCAGCACCGCACAGCUGUUCUCCCCGGCUGCCCCCCACAUGUCGAUCCUCACUUCACCUACCCUGUGGCUCUGAGCUGCCACUGCAGCAUGUGUAACACACACAGCGAUGACUGUUCUCACAAAGGCAACAGUGCUCUGGCUAAAUGCUCUAAACCAGUCAGGCCUCUGUACCCCGAUCCUGCUCAGAAUGACCUUCUCCAGCCUGACUGGCUUCAGCUGUUUUAGUAUGACUUUUUAACUCAACUGGUUGAAAAAAUAAAUAUGUCGGAUUACAGUACAAAUAUCCAGCCUGGCUGGCUUUAGCUGUUUGAGUUACACUUUUUUAAACACAGAAAAAUUAUGAUGUUGUUAUUGAAUUGGUGAUUUUGACUGAUCUGUAUGUGGAAUAAAGGCCAUCAUACACAUAAUAAAACAU